UUUCUCCACGUUCUCCCUAGGAAACUGACUAGUCUCUCAAAUUCUCAAUAUAAAGCUGAGAUCGAAGCCCUCUCUCCUUGGGUCCUUCGAUUUUAACCUCCUCUCUUGUCAGUUCUCUCUUCCUGAUCUCGCUGUAGGCUCUUCCACUACCUUCGAUUUCAAGAUGCGCCCACCAAUCAACAUUGGUGGUCGUUCGUAUGGACAAUCAUCGAGUUCUCAAGCUGCUGGUUUUCAAAGAACUUUGCCUCCUAGAAUUUUGAAUCCCCCAGCUGCAAUCGUUGAACCAGUUGAGCAGAUGGAAGAAAAUUUACCUGUGCAACGUGAUGUUCGAGUGCUUGAUCCGGCUCGAAGAAAUGGAGCUAUAUGGUUCAAAAACAACACCGAAGUAUCAACUCGUGUUAGGAAAAUCAUUGAAGGGAAUUUCAAAGGAGCGUGGUAUAGCUGGGGAAAAGUGCUGCAGUACUAUAGAGAUGCUUGGUUUUCAACAUUUAAGACAAGGUUUCGGUGGGAUCCCACGAUUGAGCAUCUAGUUAAAGCCAACUUUGAUGCACUUGCUGCUACUCGUCUCAAAGGAAUGGUUAGUCUUGCAAAGUCCAAGGGAAAACAACCUGAGUGGAUUCUGUCUGAACCAUUGGGAAAAUAUGGUAGAUUACUGGAAGACUCCAAAAGCCAAAGAAAAAAAGCGAAAAAGCUCGUUCUUCACGAUUAUUUAGUCGUGAUGGUUUAGGUCCACAUUGUCACAGAGCGGGAUCACGUUCUUAUGCAAAAGUGAAAGAUGUUUUGGAAGCAAAUAAUGAAGACUCUUCCUUCAUUGCUGUGAUGAGAAAAACACACCAAAAAUCCGAUGGGUCAUAUGUUGAUGAGAGAGCGCGACUAAUUGCUGAAGCGUAUGAUGAACAUCUUCUAGAACGCUUGGCACAAAUGGAGUCCUCUAAUGGAGAGGUUUUGACAAUGGAUUCUCUGACCAUCGAGGAGAAAAAUGACAUCUAUGUUAAGGUAGC